GUCCCUCCCUCUCCGGCGGUGGCCGUGAUCUCUCCGCGACUACACAAACCCACCAUCUCCGCGGCGAAGCCCUCUCUAGGGUUUCUCUCUCUCCUCCCCCAUUCCCCCCCCCCCUUCUCUCUCUCUAGGGUUUCUCCCUCGCCGCCCCCUUCUCGAUCGGAUCCCUCCGCCCCAUGCCCCUCAGAUCAGGCGGGAGGCAGAUCUCCUUCGAGAUCCUCGCCGGCGACACAUCCGGCGACGACGGCGGUGGCGGAGGAGGCGGCGGGGAACCGCCCCGCCGGAAGCGGAGGGCGAGGGGAUCGAAGAGGAAGAAGAGGCCGAGCUCGGUGGCGGAGGAGCCGAGCGUGGCGCCCCCGAUCGGAUCGGAGCAUCGGAAGCCGCUCGCGCCGGAGAAUGCGCUGUGCGAGGACGAGAUCGGGUUCAAGAUGCUGGAGAGCAGGUCGGUGGUGGAGACCGUGUGCGAGGGCGCGGUGGUGGAGAGCUCGAAGGUGAGCUCGGUGUCGUACGUGGAGUUGCGGCAGAGGAAUGUGAACGGCGGUGGUGUGGGUGACGAGGUUGGGGACGAGGCUGCGGCGAGUGCGAGGGAGAGCUCCGCAGGGUCAUGGAGGCCGGAGUCGAAUGGGAGUGUUACCAAUUUGGCAAAGGAGAAGUCGCUGGAUUGGAAUCAGGUGGUCGCCGAGGAUCCCAAUAUUCUUCGAGAAGUCUCUUCUAGUGCAAAAUCACCAUUCGCGUACUUUGUCGGAGAGAUUUAUGGUGGCAAUGCAUUAAGGAGCACAAUUGCUGUGGGUAAUGAGAAGAAACGGCAAAGAGUCUACAAUACAAUGUUUCACGUGCCCUGGAGAUGUGAACGGCUUAUUAUUGCGGGCUUCUUUGUCUGCUUGGAUUCCUUUCUGUCUUUAUUAACUAUUAUGCCAGCCAGAAUUCUAAUGACGAUUUGGAGGGUGCUUAAGACGAGGCAGUUUCAGAGGCCAAACGCUGCCGAAUUGUCAGAUUUUGGAUGUUUAAUAGUGUUGGCUCUUGGAGUAGUUUCUCUUCAAAGGAUAGAUAUUAGCUUGAUAUAUCACGUUAUACGUGGUCAAGGAACAAUCAAACUCUAUGUAAUAUACAAUGUGUUAGAGAUAUUUGACAAACUCUGUCAAUCUUUUGGUGAGGAUGUUUUGCAAGUUUUGUUCAACUCAGCAGAGGGGCUUUCCAAUUGUUCGCCAGAUACUUUCACAUUUGAACUGAUGAGAUUCAUCUUGGAUGAAACAAUAGCAGUCGUUGCAUUUGUUGUUCAUGCUUUCGUUUUGUUAGUUCAGGCUAUUACCUUAGCGACAUGCAUUAUUGCACAUAACAAUGCUCUAUUGGCUCUGCUGGUGUCGAACAAUUUUGCUGAGAUUAAAAGCAAUGUGUUUAAACGUGUUAGCAAGGAAAACCUUCACAAUUUGGUAUACUAUGAUAUUGUGGAGAGAUUUCACAUUACAGCUUUUUUACUGUUUGUUCUUGCUCAAAAUAUCUUGGAGGCUGAGGGCACAUGGUUUGAGAGUUUUCUUAUUAAUGCUCUACUGGUUUACUUGUGUGAAGUACUUAUCGAUGCAAUCAAGCAUUCCUUCCUUGCCAAAUUCAAUGAGAUAAAACCUAUCGCAUAUUCAGAAUUUUUGGAAGAUCUCUGCAAGCAGUACCUAAACGAAAAGCCCGAGGAGCGCCGGCAAGACCUGACCUUCAUUCCUCUCGCACCCGCAUGUGUCGUUUUUCGAGUGCUAACUCCGGUGUACGCGACCCUUCUUCCCUUCGGUCCGUUCCUUUGGAGAAUAUUCUGGGUUCUUUUAUGGUCGAGCUUGACCUACAUCAUGCUUGCCAUUUGCAAGAUUUUAGUCGGGCUGAGCCUCCGCCGGCUUGCCACUUGGUACGUAAAUCUCCGGCUCGAGAGAAAACAGCACGUGGACUGAAGAAAGGUUGCCUUAUAAGGUUGGUUUCUCUCUCUAAAAAUUAGCGCGAAGUUUCAUUUAUUACAUUGAUUACGAUCGCUCACCAAAAGUAAAAAUAGAGAAGCAUACUGAUUCCGUUCACACAUGUACAUGGGGAACUUUACAUUUCAAAGCAUUCUUGUAUAUUGUUGCGAUUCUCAUACAUAGCAAAAAAAAAAAAAUUAAUUUUCGUUAUCAAGUUUCAUUUGCAUGAAAUAAAAUGAUAAUCCUUAUAUAAAUCUGCAAUAGAAGGAAAAUUAUGAUUUUUU